AGGAGAUGACCAGAGACUGCAGACAUAGUACAGGAGAUGACCAGAGACUGCAGACAUAGUACAGGAGAUGACCAGAGACUGCAGACACAGUACAGGAGAUGACCAGAGACUGCGGACACAGUACAGGAGAUGACCAGAGACUGCGGACAUAGUACAGGAGAUGACCAGAGACUGCAGACAGUACAGGAGAUGGCCAGAGACUGCAGACAUAGUACAGGAGAUGACCAGAGACUGCAGACAUAGUACAGGAGAUGACCAGAGACUGCGGACACAGUACAGGAGAUGGCCAGAGACUGCAGACAUAGUACAGGAGAUGACCAGAGACUGCAGACAUAGUACAGGAGAUGACCAGAGACUGCGGACACAGUACAGGGGAUGACCAGAGACUGCAGACAUAGUACAGGAGAUGACCAGAGACUGCGGACAUAGUACAGGAGAUGACCAGAGACUGCAGACACAGUACAGG